UUUCUCUACCACUUCAGACCCCUCCACCACCCUCUCCCACACUACCACCUGCUCCUACGGCUCUACUCUUGUCUCUUUUCGGAUCAGACCAGAUCAGUUCAUUUCCACUCUCGACAUGGCCGAGCAGGCCUCCUUCGGCCAGCCUGGUGUUUCCGGUGGCAUCAGCGCAACCGCCUCUCAAUUCACCGCUACGAACUCCUUCGUUGCGGCCGAUUACCUGACCAUGCCUCUCGCUGAAGAGAACAACCUUUGGACGUACAGUGCCAUGCCUCAGUCGAUGCCGAGUUGGCCCGGGAAGAAUGAAUCUCAAGCAUUCCCCAACUCAGCCCUAGAGCAGAGCCUGAAGAACUCCCAUGUUCGCAACGGCCAGCCCACGCCCCCUCCGGUCGAUGGCAUGUACCAAAUUUCUCAGUACGAUCAAUACAACGACUCCACCUAUGCCAACCCGACCCCCCGCGGAAGCUUCAGCCAGCAGGCCCGGCCUGGCGGGGAGGGACCGGCGCCCAAGCGUCGCAGAACCAACACAAUGAAAUCGGCCUCGCCCGAGACAGACGAUCUCGAUCUCAAUCUCGAUCUCGAUCGAAUGAAGCGGCAGAAAUUCCUGGAGCGAAACCGCGUGGCGGCGAGCAAGUGUCGGCAAAAGAAGAAGCUACAUACCGAGAGGCUCCAGGCCCGUCAUGACGAGCUCGCUUCGAAGAGGGACGAGCUCGAUAUCCUGGUUGAAAAGCUCCGCACUGAGCUCCUCAACCUCAAGAAUGAGUUGCUGACGCACGCCGGGUGUGCCGACGAGGCGAUAUCGGUGCACCUUUCCCACAUGGUGAAGAACAUCACCUCCCGGGACACGGCGGCGGCCGAAAUGAGACCGGAUCAGCUGGAGGCUUUGACAAUGGGAAGCGCGAAUAUGGCCCCCCGGUCACAGACUCAAUCCUUUGGCUUCGAUACCCCCCUCCAAGUGCAAUCGAGGACGGACUCGCUGGCAGUCACUCCCCGCCGGGACUCGGAGCAUUCCCUGUUGACCGAUGGGUCUUAUUCGUUCACCGACGAUGCCUUUGAGGAAUUAAUUGACGCCUAGAUUAUCCGUCUACUUCUCUUUCUUAUAUAACUUUCAGGCGUCCUUGACUCGAUGGCGGCGGGUGUCUGUGCUGCGCUUUUCACCGUCCGCCCUUGGUGGCGGGCGUCCACUUUGCAUGGUGGCGUCUGAUGUGAUCAUUUCUUUUUCCUGCACAAAAGCGAUCGGGCGGAUGCUCAAUGAGGUACGAUUCUGCUUUUCGUGACAGCGUUCUUAUUUCCUUUCACGUACGUAGGGGAGGAUGGUUUCGAAACCAACAUAACAUAUUCCGGCGGCUGGCGUGUGUGUAAUUUGGGCUUUGGGCAAGAAACACGAUUUGCUAUGAUGAUACGACUGUACGCUAGUUGCUUUAUUGGGUUCCGGUGGCUAAUAAUAAUGGUACCUAGCUUAGUAUUAGGACAUUAGCUUGAAAUCGGAACUCUUUGCUUUGC